GAAGAAGAAUAAAUCAACGAGAUUAGAAUUAGAUUAUUAUUUGCAUUUAAUUAAAUAGAAGAGAUAAAAUCACGCAGGUGUAACUAAACUUGGAGCCAUGCAUCGAUCACAAAAACGUCUUAUUAAUCAACUAAUCAAAAUUGUAAUUGUGUGCGGUUUGAUCUUGAUAUUAUUUAAAUUAAACGUCACUAUGAAAAAUAAUGAAACCGAGCCUAUAUUCAUUUUGACAGAUUUACUGAAUGAAGCAGAAAAAAUAAAUAACGAGAGAUUAUUAAUCGUCGAUGAAGUAUGUAAAGAAUACAGAUUAGGUAUUUACAAAGAUUCGAGCAAAGUUUUGUUUAAACAUCCACCCGCACCGCAAUACAGUGUUUUCUAUAUCGUUAGAGAUCAUAACAUUUCAUAUUGUCCAUUAUAUAAAGCCAGCAGUACAACUUGGUUAUAUAAUUUAUGUUUGUUAAUGAAUGUAUCAGAAGAAGAAUUAAACAAUGGUAAAGAACAAUUAUCGACUAUUGCGAGAAGGGUCAUAGCCGAAUUAGAAUAUCCCGAAGCUGAGGAGGCAUUGAGAAAUACGAACAAAUUAUUAGUGGUAAGGCAUCCAUUCGAAAGAUUGUUGAGCGCGUAUCGUGAUAAAUUGGAAAAUUCUGUGGCUGGUCGUGAACACGGAACUCUACAUUUUUAUCAGAAAUAUGGAGCAAUGAUCGUUAAAAAAUAUCGUAGUAGACAUUUUGUAAAACCACGUGACGAUGAAAUAAUUAAACGAAGGGGUGUUCAACCACCGGCAGGAAUCGAACCAACAUGGCGAGAAUUCGUUGAUUACUUGAUCAACACGGAUUUAGCUAGUUAUGCUGACGACCAUUGGAUUCCAUAUUAUCUAUAUUGUACACCGUGUUUGAUUAAAUACGACAUCAUUGCUAAGGUUGAAACACUAUCGCGAGAUCAAAUUUAUGCAUUGAACAAAUUAGGAUUGAACAAAAUGAUCAAACCAAUUUGGAGACACGGUAGUGGUUAUUCGAAUGCUUCGAGUAUAUAUUUCAGACAAUUGAGUAGAAAAAUGGUUGAACAACUUUACGAAAAGUUCAGAUUGGAUUUUGAACUGUUUGAUUAUUCUCCUGAUAAUUAUUAUAGAUAUGCCGUAACCUCGGAUUAAAAAAAAAAAAAAAGAAGAAGAUAAAAUAAAGGCAAUUAUGUAAAUAAUAUCUGGUAAAUAUUAUCGAUUAAUAAUUAUGAAUUAGA